GGAGGGGCUUGUCUCCUAGGGACCACUCCCCCCGCUCCUGGUCCCCAAGCCCGGGGCACGCGACGAGAUAUAAAGCAGUCGGGAAACAAUGCGCCUUGCAGAUCGCGCUCCCGCGUCGAUCCCGGGAGCGUCCUGGCUGCCGUGUGCGAGCGAGGCAGGGGGAGCGCGCGCGGGGGGCGCGCUCAUGAGUGCGGUGCCGCGCGCUCGCUGACGCGCAUGUGUAUGUGUGCGGGCUGCCGGGCUUCCCCGAGCCGGCGGGGAGCCGCUCCGCUCCAGGUGGCGGGCGGCGGGAGCGAGGGAGCGGACAUGGACUUCGAUUCGUAUCAGCACUAUUUCUACGACUAUGACUGCGGAGAAGAUUUCUACCGCUCCACGGCGCCCAGCGAAGACAUCUGGAAGAAAUUCGAGCUGGUGCCGUCGCCCCCCACGUCGCCGCCCUGGGGCUCCGGUCCCGGCGCCGUGGACCCAGCCUCUGGGAUUAGUCCCGGGGAGCCGUGGCCUGGAGGGGGAGCCGGGGACGAGGCGGAAUCUCGGGGCCAUUCGAAAGCUUGGGGCAGGAAUUAUGCUUCCAUCAUUCGCCGUGACUGCAUGUGGAGCGGCUUCUCCGCCCGGGAACGGCUGGAGAGAGUGGUGAGCGACAGGCUGGCCCCAGGCGCGCCCCGGGGGAACCCGCCCAAAGCGCCCGCUACCCCGGACGGCACUCCUAGUCUGGAAACCAGUAACCCUGCGCCCGCUACCCAGUGUCAGCUGGGCGAGCCCAAGACUCAGGCCUGCUCCGGGUCCGAGAGCCCCAGCGAUUCCGUCCCAGUCCUUACCACUUACACAUCCUCAUUACUGGUGACCGGUGAGACAGAAGGCGAAGAGAUUGACGUGGUGACAGUGGAGAAGAGGCGAUCUCUGGACAUCCGAAAGCCUGUCACCAUCACCGUGCGAGCAGACCCCCUGGACCCCUGCAUGAAACACUUCCACAUCUCUAUCCACCAACAGCAGCAUAACUAUGCUGCCCGUUUUCCUCCAGAAAGUUGCUCUCAAGAGGGGGAUCCUGAGCCAGGUCCCCAGGAAGAGACUCCGGAGAUAGAAGUUCCCAAGGAGAAAGAGGAGGAAGAGGAAGAGGAGGAGGAGGACGAGAUUGUGAGCCCCCCACUUGUAGAAAGUGAGGCUCCCCAGUCCUGCCACCCCAAACCUGUCAGUUCUGAUACUGAGGACGUGACCAAGAGAAAGAACCAUAACUUCUUGGAACGAAAAAGGAGGAAUGACCUCCGCUCCCGGUUCCUAGCCCUGCGGGACCAGGUUCCCACCCUGGCCAGCUGCUCUAAGGCCCCCAAAGUCGUGAUCCUAAGCAAGGCGUUAGAAUACUUGCAGGCUUUGGUGGGGGCUGAAAAGAAAAUGGCUACGGAGAAAAGGCAGCUCCGAUGUCGGCAACAGCAACUGCAGAAGAGAAUCGCGUACCUCAGUGGCUACUAACCGACCAAAACGCCUGACUUCACACGAGUUUUUAACCUCUCUCUCUUUCUCUCUCUCUCUCCCUCCCCCCCACACCCCACCCCCCGUUUAGUAAUUUGCACAUUUUGGUUACAGCAGGGCAGUCUGGACAGUAGAUCCCAGAAUGCAUUGCAGCCGGCGCUCACACAAUAAGGGCUUGCAUUCUUGGUAACCUCGAAACCCAAUUCUCCCUCUUCCCUGACUCAUGGGAAUGCUGUCCUUCUCUGGCGCCUAUGGCUUCUCAGCAGGCAGCUACUGAGAGAUUUGGGGGUCUGCUUAGCUCACUAGCUCCUGACAGAAAGGCUGACAGAUGCUAUGCAACAGGUGGUGGACUCCGUCGGGGCUGCAGCCUACGUGAAAUCUCACACUGUGCUGGAGCUUUAGGCUAGGAAAGGAUGCUGCUCUCACUGCUGUCUCUGGGGAUGAUCUGAGGAGGACAGCUGGACCUGGAUACUGUCCCCAGGGCUCUGUUUUCCAGGAGACAAGCGAGCUGUCCGGGGUGAAGACAAGCUCGCACGGAGCAUUACCUCACUGUCAGACACUUUACAGUAGCUGAGGAGUGGAAACCUUUAAACUAGAUUAGGAUGGUAGGCCACACCCUUCCCUCCACUCUCAAUGCUAUGACUUUGAGAAAGGGCUUGGCCUGUAGUCUUUGUCUCAGAGCUCUCUGGGCCUUCUCCGAGAGGGACCUUUCUAUCCUCACAAGGGACCUUUUUGUUUCUUCCUGCCUUUGUUAUGCAAUGACCACCACAGCACCCCUUUCACACAGACCAGAAAUAUUUCCCCGGGACAUAGGGAAAUGGGUCGCAGCCCAGGGCCUGGAGAAGGCUUGGCAUCCUGACUCAUGAUCAAUAUCCCAGGUUUUCUGCAGGGCUAUUUGAGGCCCAGCUUGGAAUCUUUUCUCAAGGCAGAUAUAAGGUGCCUCUGAAGGAUGAACCCUAUGGCUUUCUCCUUCCCACCUGUCUCUCUUGUCAGAUCAUGACUCUUGUCUACAUUCUGCUACAACAGUGCAAAUCUGUCCUUCUCCAGCAACUUGAGUGAGUUUGCUGGCUCUGCAGCCACCAUCCUGGUUCUCUGCUAGCCUGAGUCACAUCCUUCCCCCCACACCCCACCACCCCUGAAUCUGGGCCUUACAGAGAGAUUCAGAGGGGAGCCACUUGGAUUCACCUGAUGGCCCCAGCAGGUCCACGUACUUCCCGGUGGGUUGUCAGGGUGCCUCUAGCAGCGCUACUCAGCCAACUAGGAGAGUUUGCUCCAGCUGUGUUCUGCAGCUCCCAGUGGAAUCUAAGUGCAGCCCUCCAUCUAGGAAAGUCACCCGAGCUAGCAGCAGUCAUGUGAGCAUCUUCAGGAGAUCCUAAGCUUUGCCUGAAAGAAGAAUCAGUCUUUCCAGAACUCUACCCAGGAAGGUAGAUCCCUUCUUGCUGGCCCUGGGCUUGGAAGUAGGGGAACAGUGUGCGGGACAGACAGACAGUAGCAACCUGUGGUUCUCCAAAACCAGCUACCACUUCCAAAUUGGCUCCCAACCAUGAUGGCCUCCAAUUGCUUCCUGGCCUCGAGUCCUAGAGGAAGAUUUGGAAGUAGCUGUUGUACCUGUUGGGGCAGGACUUCUAGGCACCAAGGGACUCCUGGAACUAUCUUGGGAGGACAAGUGGUGAACAGGCUAAAGUCUCAUCUGAAUGGCUUGUGUUUUAUAAGCUGCUGCUGGGUUAUAUGCUGUAGGCAUCUUUUGUUUUUGUUUUUGUUUUUUUAAUACUGUAUUUUUGUAUGCUUUUUUGCAAAGUGGUGUUAACUGUUUUUGUAUAUGAAAAAAAAAAACAAAAAAAAACCUGUUGCAAGGGUCUGGUUUAUUUUGAAAGGCAAGUUUACCUGAGAUUUUGUAUUUAGUUGUAAUCAUUAAUUGCUUGAUUUUAAACUGUUGCCUUCUGGGACAUCUUCUAAUAAAAGAUUUCUCAAAAAUAUCA